AUGGACAAGUAUGAAAAGGUAAAGGAAAUUGGGAAAGGUGGAUUUGGAACAGUCACCCUUGAGAAAUCCAAAGAGGAUGGACACCAAUAUGUCAUCAAGAAGAUUGUCAUAUCUGGAUUGUCAACUAAAAAAAGGCGGAAAGCUCAAGAAGAAGUUGAAGUCCUUUCCAACAUGAGUCAUGCCAACAUUGUCAAGUAUAAGGAAUCUUUUGAAGAGGGGGGCUGCCUGUAUAUUGUGAUGGACUACUGUGAGGGUGGAGACCUCUCCAAGAAGAUCGAAUCUCAGGAAGGAGAACGUUUCUCAGAAAAGCAAAUCCUGGACUGGUUUGUGCAGAUUUGUCUGGCACUAAAACACAUCCAUGAUAAAAAAAUCCUCCACAGAGACAUCAAACCAGAGAACAUAUUUUUGACUAAAGAUGGGACUGUACAGCUUGGGGACUUUGGAAUUGCAAGAGUGCUGAAGAGCACUGAAGAACUGGCAACAACAAGCAUAGGAGCACCACUUUACCUGUCACCAGAGAUCUGGGAGAGCAAACCAUACAACAACAAAAGUGAUAUUUGGGCUCUUGGCUGUGUCCUGCAUGAAAUGUGCACUCUUAAGUCUGCAGUAAGUAUUCUAAGGAUGGACCUAGAACGGGAACUCGUCAGUGGCUCAUACCCUCUUGUGUCUGAUCACUACUCCAAAGAACUGUGUUCCCUCUUGGCUCAGCUGUUGAAACGUGACCCAACAGAGAGACCUUCAGUCAGCAGCAUACUGGAUGAACGUUUCCUCUCCAGCAGGAAAGAGAGGCUCCUCAAUUCACAGGUGGAGAGAACAGGUCAGUCAAAGACUCUUAGGAUAUCUGAUGGGAAAAUACAAAAGAAGAGGCUUGAAGAUGAUAAGAGGCAAGAAGAUAAAGUCCCGCCCACUGUGGUUGUAUGGAGAGACGCAAGGAAACAGCGUGAGGAGACAGGAAACGAGGAGAUGUGA